CCCUAUAUGUUGAAAAAAAUGCUGAAAGUGAAUAUAAUAUAGUUUUCUUUGUUAUAAUUUUGGAGAUUAUUACAAUUGCUAAAAGUUAUAAAUUAAUUUUAGCUUCAAUAAUAGAAAAUGAAAAAUCUACAAUUGAAAGUCAUAAAG